AUGCCCUACACUGCUGCGCGUAGGGUGGGCGAAAAAGCGCCGCUGGUGUCGGGUAACUUCUCUGAGAUGCACAGAGACCCUUACUUGGAGGAGCUGGGCCCUGGAGUCCCCGUGUACAGUGCCUCAGCUAUCAAAGACGAUCGCACGAGUCGCACGUCUGGCACCACCUCCACCGUUGGCUGUGAUUCCUCCGAAGAUGACGACUCUAGCUGGGACACGGAGAAACCCAAGUUAGGAAACAACCAUGACGAGAAACAGCAGACACAAUGCACCUUCUACACGCCCGGUGGACGUCCCUCAAACAAUGAGCUGUGGCGCUUCCGCGCGCGCGGCUGCCAGGACUGCUGGGCAGCGCUCUUCUUCGCGGCACUCGUCGCGGUCGUACUGCUCUGGGGUAUGGAACAGGUGUGGCAAUUGCAGCUGACGGAGCGCGACCUCGCCGUGAUCGGUGGUAUCGCCGAGUGGGGGGGCUAUGCAAAGGUAUCCGCCGACGCGGAUGCGACGGGCACCUCUGUCCAGGGUAAGGUGCUGCGCCGUACGGCAGCGCUGCGGGCUGGUGUGGCAGCCCUCUGGGCCAGGAUGGGAGGUUUAGUGCCUCCAGCGGAGGCGUACAACAGCGACCCCUCCCCGUCGUCCUCCUACGCUGACAUGACUGGCUCUAUCAUGCGAGUACUGAUAUGGUGUGCAGCGGCGGCAGCCACCACCAUCCUGGCCGCGUACGGCGGACUCCUUCUCAUCGCUGUCUACCCCCGCCAACUUAUAUUUAUCCAGUCCGCUGUUGCGUCGAUGUUGUCCGUUGUCUCUGCCGGUGUGGCCCUCGCUCAAGGCGCGCUACUGACUGCAAUGCUCUUCGGUCUUACGUCGCUCAUGCCGCUGUUGUGGAUCUACCUCAUUCAGGACCGGAUCCCCUUCACCGCCACGAUGCUGUGCGCUACUGUAUCGCUCCUUCGACGUCAUCGCAGUCUCUUCAUCAUCUCUCUCAGCUCCGCCAUCGCGAGCUGGUGCUUUGUCGUGACGGCGGUGGUGUGUGUGCUGCCGAGCGUGCUGCGUCUUCUCGCUGGCACGGCUGCCGGCAAGGAUACCGUCUACCCCAUUGUCGUCGUUUUCAGUGUCUUCUGGGUGCAGGAGGUGCUCGGUGCACUUGUGCAUGUGACUGUGUGCGGCGUGGUGGCCACGUGGUACUUUGCCGGUGAGGGGCGCAUCCCAUCCUUCCCCGUGUGGUGCGCGUUCCAGCGCGCCACCACGACAAGCUUUGGCUCUGUCUGCCUUGGCUCCCUCAUCACUGCUAUUGCGUCCUUUAUUCGCUUCCUCAUCGAUACGGCGCGCAGCAGCAACGACGGCGACAGCUUCUGUAUGUGCAUCAUGAGCUCUCUGGUGGGUUGUAUCGAGGACUUGGUGCGGUACUUCAAUCUGUAUGCCUUCGUCCACGUGGCCGUGUACGGGUGCAGCUACGUCGACGCCGCCAAGGAGACUUGGAGGCUCGUGAAGCAGUGCGCCUUUUCCGCUAUCUUCAAUGAUUCAUUGACUGGGCAAGUGAUUGGCAUCCUCACCUUUAUGAGUGCGCUACUGGUGGCUUUCCUGACGUGGCUCGUGACGUGGAAUGCGGGUGCAGUGACGCUGAUGUUUUUCAUGUCACUGGCCGUGAGCAGCAUCUUCUACAACCCGGUAAGCUCGUGCGUGACAACGCUAUUUGUGUGCUUUGCGGAAGUUCCAGUGGGGUUGCAGCUCUCGUUCCCGGAGCUGUACGCCGCCCUUGUGAGUGCUGACGCCGGCUACACGCAGCGCCGUGGGAAAACCAACAUGUACGGCACCGCUCUUGUGUAA